CCUGCCUUCACAAACGGGGCAAGCAUGACGCUUUUAGAACUACUCCGCAAAACCCAGGUUUGUCUCACCGACAAGUGAACUCUGGAACAAAUUGCCUCGGGCUACACGGGGAAAUCUUCAUGCGGGAUAAAAUCGGAAGACUGCAUGUAGUUAUAUCCUUGUUAAUCGCACUGAAGUUCUGAAUGCGGGUGUAGGGACGCAGCAAUAAACUGUGUUCUGGAUUACAAAAGAACAGUUGAUUGCUGAUUAAGGAAACUGUUUCACUUGGGUCAAAUGGGUACACAAGGAUUGUUUUGCUACGUGGUGUUCGUUGCUUAUACCGGUUUCAGUUUGGAAAAUCCGACCUCCUGCGAUGAAGUUCGCAAAGUUUUCCAAAUGAGGCAGAUUGGACCGGUGAAAUCAUUGCCGGAGUCACCUAGAAAAGGAUCUGAUCUUCAGGUAUGCAUGUCCAAGAAUCUCACUUGCUGCACCAAAAAGAUGGAGGAGAAGUACCAACUGGCUGCCCGACGGGACCUCCAGAACCUGCUCCAGACUUCUAGCUCCAGCCUGAAGUUCCUCAUCUCUCGAAAUGUGGCAGCUUUUCAAGAAACGUUUGAGAGCCUCAUCAAGCAGGCGGAGAACUUCACCAAUUCCCUGCUCCUCAGCACCUACAGGAACAUGGCUGGAGACGCCUCAGGCCCCGUACAGGAGCUCUUCACUGACAUUGGCCUGUUUGUGCUGGGCUCCGAGCUCAGCGUGGAAGACUUUGUUGACCGUUUCUUCGACAGCCUCUUCCCGUUGGUCUAUAACCACCUGAUCAAUCCCGGUCUGACCGAUAUUGCCCUGGACUACGCCGAAUGUGUGCGGUCUGGCCGCAGGGAGAUCCGCCCCUUCGGCAGUAUUCCCAAACAGCUGGCAGGACAGAUAAGGGGUUCUGUGCUCCCUGGCCGUGUCUUCCUCCAGGCCCUGAACCUUGGGAUUGAGGUGAUCAACACGACCGACCACCUGCAGUACUCGAAGGAGUGCAAGCGGGCCCUUCUGAAGAUGCAGUUCUGCCCUCACUGCCAGGGUCUGACUCGCAGCAAGCCCUGCAUGGGCUACUGUCUCAACGUUAUGCGGGGCUGCCUCGCUAGCAUGGCAGAGAUCGAUGCCCACUGGAGGGAGUUUAUCUUUUCCCUGGAGGAGGUGUCCAACAGCAUGCACGGGACCUAUGACCUGGAGCAAAUACUGCUCGGAGUGAACACUCUAGUCAAUGAUGCCAUCACGCACGCCCAGAGAAACGGGCCUAGACUCUCGGUGCAGGUUCACAGGUUAUGUGGACACCCGAACAGGAAGCCAGCGCAGUCCGUCAGCACCCACCAAGACAGCGGCAGGGACUCAAUCCCUCUCAGGGGUUCACAGCGAGACACAGAGGAGACCCUUACGAGCAGGAGGAAGGAGCUCAUCAACAGCUUGCGACUUUACCGGACGUUUUACGGCGGCUUGGCAGACCAUCUGUGCGCCAGCGAGCUGGCUUCGGCAGACGGGCUGUCAUGUUGGAACGGAGCGGACGUCGUCAAGAGCUACACGCUCCGGGUGGUGGGGAAUGGGAUUAAAGCUCAGGCGGAUAAUCCAGAGGUGAAAGUGAAGGAGGCUGACCCCGUGAUCAAUCAGAUCAUCGAUAAACUGAAGCACAUCAAUCAGUUGCUGCAGGGGAAGUCAAUUCCAACAUUCGGGACAUUGGACCGGAUCGAGACAGGGAGCGGAGACAAGGAGGGGCGUUUCAGUGGCGACUGUGAUGACGAGGAUGGCUGUGUUGGGUCUGGGAGCGGAGAGGUGAAGAAAGUCUUAAAAGUCACCAAAUGGACUCCAGACAAGGUGAACGAUCAUAGGAGGUUUGACCCACGGACGGAGGAGAGCUCUGAAACGGCCGGCACAUCUGGCACGGGAAGCACAGCAGAAGCUGGCCCAUUGACCUUGAGCUUAAUUUGUGCACUCGCAAUACUGUUGUGGUAGCGUCACUCACCCUCAGCACAUAAGUCCACACAAGAGACUUUUUUUUUCUUUUCCUUUUUUUUUUUCCUACAACCAGGAAAUACACAAGAGGGUCCUCUAAAGCAACGGUGUCGAAGCUCUGCUAUUGAGUGCUGGAGGAGUGCCUCUCCUGACUGGACGGAUGUCUGGACAAGGGGGGAAAUCAUACCAGAAAGAAAGCAGCAUGGAACCUUAGCUGAGUCCCAGAAUUCCUGGGAAACACAUACCCUCUCUCCUUCUGUCUCUCUCUCUCUGGCUCUCUCUGUGACUAAAAGGAAACAUAAAGUGAUGCAGCAUGUUUGGGCAUUUACUUUGCCUAAGAAACACUGAAUUUAUUUAUUUUAUUUUGUAUUUUCUAUGCUGCUGACUCUACAAUUUGCUCUCUAGAAAAGUAUACAACAAAUAAUUCUCGUCUCACUGCCAUGGAAUGCUCCU